ACUCUGUCCGUUCGGCGGUCUGUCGACGCGCCCGAACUCAGCCAAAUAGGCGAGGCUCGGGGCGUGACACAAUUAUUCCUUGUUUUCACAUUAAAACCAACCUCUGUUCCAUUGAUCAUUAAAAACCACAAACAACCUAUGUCGUACCUUUCUAUCUCCAAGUUAGCUUCCAUGGACAUGGAACCGGAGGAAGAAGAGCUUAACCUAAGCCUAUCUCUCCACCCAUCUUCUCCCCCAGAGCCGGCCAGGGUCUUCUCCUGCAACUACUGCACCAGGACGUUCGACAGUUCGCAAGCGCUGGGCGGACACCAGAACGCUCACAAACUCGAGCGGAGCAUUGCAAAGAGAAGCCGCGAGUUGACCGCCGCCGCCAUGCGUCUGCACACAGGAGCAAGCCCCAGUGCGGUCAGUAGAAACUCAAAAGACGCGUGGGAGGAGUUGGCGGGCGGCGUUGCGUUGACAGAGAGGCAGAAAGGGAAGAAGAGCUACAAUAUGGGACGAUUUGAAACAGGGAUGAAGCAUAAUGAAGAGCUUGCGGAUGAGAUUGAUUUGUCUCUAAAGCUGUGAACACCAUGCAUGCACUAGGUUUAUUUUCUCUCUCCCUCGCUAUUUAUAUUAUUUAUUUUCUUCUCUUUGGAUAAUAUCACGUGUAGAUUGAUUCUCAGGUUCAUUAUCAUCUCUUCCUCCUCCCCCCCUUCUAAAACUAUUGCCUACGUACCCCUGGUGUAUCUGUAUGUAUGUCUCAUAUUGAUCCUAAUUUGUAAUGAUUAAUGUCUUAAACACCGACCGUCCCUAGUGCAAUGGCAAAAGGGCUUGGUGGUUGGUACCCGAGACCCAAGUUCGAAUCUUAGUUGAUUCACAUUUCCAGCUAAGUUUAUUUCUAAAUGAAAUAAACGAAACGGGUAGCAUGCUACC